UCUCUGUGUUGAUGAAUGGAAUUAAAAAGAUUACAGGAGAAAAGAUUCAUGCAAAAGACAUCAAAAGUAUUCUGGAGAACAUGGGGAUAGAAAUGACAAAUAAAGAAAACAGAAAGCUGCUCAAAACUCUGCCCGUCUCUACCGACAAAACUCUGUUUAAGAAAGAAUUACUGUCUGGUGUGAAGUCAUUCAAAGGAGGGAGAGUUAAUGUCCAUGAUGUGAAAAGUGUUCUUCAUAACACUGGUUUCAAGCUGGAAGCAAAAGAACUGAAGGACCUGCAGGCUCACCUGCCAGUGACUGAACAUGAAAAGGUAGAUUUGGAUGUGGUGAUGGAUGCAGCAAAAUCUUUCACAGGAGAAAAAGUUGACGCCAAAGACAUAAGAAACUUUCUGGGAAGCAUGGGAAUUGCACUCACUGAAAGAGAAGAGUCGAAGCUGUUAAAAUCUCUGCCCAUUGCUAAGGAUGGAACCAUCUAUAAGAAAAGAUUACUGAGCAGUGUGGUGCCCAUCAAAGGGAAAAAAGUCCACUACUCUAAGCUGCCACUCAUUUUGAAGGCUGCAGAAUUUGAGCUUGAGAAGGAAGACUGUGAGGACCUGAUGAAUCAUCUGCCUUUGGAUGAAAAUGAAAUGGUUGAUUUAAAUGUGUUAAUAAAUGAAGCAAAAGCUUUUACUGGGAAGAAGGUUGGAGUCGAUAAUCUAAAGCAUGUGCUGAGGAAAGUGGGGCUGGUGCUCCCCGACAAAGCAUACAAGGAUCUGCAGAGAUUCCUGGCAGUUUAUGAUGGUGGGAGGAUGUAUAAGAAACGACUGCUCAAGUGUGUAAAGAAUCUCAAAGGGACACAGAUCAAAAUAAAAAAAGUGGAAUCUUUCUUGGAAAACCUGGGAAUUAAGAUGAAAGAUGAGGAACUUGAAGAACUAAUGGCCCAGCUACCAUCUGAGGGUAACAGAACAGUGGAUGUAAAUGAACUGAUAGAUGUCGUCAGUUACAUCAAGGGAGAAACCAUUGACAGCCAGAACUUGGAAAAGUUCCUGGCAAACGAGGGCAUCGAGCUCACCGAGGACGAGAUGAAGGACCUGAUGCCUUACCUGGAAUUUGACGGAAACGGGAAGGUUACCAUCCGAUCCAUAAUGGAGGGCCUGAGGAAGUUUAAACCCAAAGGAAUGAUGAGUCUGCACAAGCUGUUAAGAACUGCCAGCAGCAUGAAUGAAAGAGUCUCUGGCCCCAUGGCAGUUUCAGGAAUUAAAUCAACACUGAAGCUGAAGCCCCUCAAAGCACCCGCCUUUCACAAAAGAGAUAAAGAUUUACGAGGAUCUCUUCCAAGUCAUUUACAGCAUAAAGAUACGAAGCUGAGCUCUUCACAACUGGAAGCCUUCCGAAAUGCUUACAACUUCUUCACCAAGGAUAAGACUGGCUGUAUUGAUUCACAUGGAUUGAUGAGCACCUUAGCCAAACUCGGGAUGAAUCUAAACACUUAUGAUAUCUACAAUGAAUUAAAAUGUGCUGAUCUUGACAGAGAUGGUAAGAUCAACUUCUCAGACUUUGUAGGGGUGCUGACAGAUAAGAAACUCUUCCUCAAGGCUGUGGUUCCCGAAAAGAAACUAUGUUUGGAUUUAGCUAACAACCCCGGGAUCUUAUUAUUUGAAAUCCUAUCAAAACUUGUAGAGACUUCAUCCCUGCACAGAAAGGAUGUAAUAGAGCUAGUAAGCUAUUUCCGAAAAAAAUUUCAGGAAAGCCACUCGGAAAUGCCAUGGAGUCCGUAUGGGAGAAAGGGCUUUAGGCCAGAUAUAUGCACUCCUCCGCGCUCAAGCACUGCUGCCUUUGCCAAUUCUGCCAAGAUCUCGAUAAUGAAAGAAAAGGAUUUGUAUAAGUUUCUUGAAGCACUCAAGCGGUGUGAUCUCCCUACAGGUAGCCCGUACUCAAAAAUACCUGUCUUUCCGUUGUUCCCUGAUGUGGAUGGGGUGGUGGUAGGAAAGCCAUUCAAAGACAUACAGAAGCUAGAGAUGCUGAGGAAAAAGGAACCUCUGAGUUUCUUCGAGGACUAUUUUUUCCAUAAAAGAGAUUGGAAAGCACAGGCCGCAGCUGUGAAGCCCGUCAGGUCCGCCUCAGGCUAUUCAGAUGACAUCCUAGCCAUCGACCACCUCUUCAAGAAGAAGCAGCACUGGACCGUGUCCGAUGCAGCAACCCUCAAACAGCACGUAAAGAGAGCCACAGAUGCCUAUAACUUAGGAAUUGCCCUCGAGCACCGGAAAGAAAUGCUGAAUCUUUGGAGAAAGAUCCGAGGGGAUUUGAUUGGGAUUGAGACCAACAACGAGUCCUUCUACAACACCUUCUCCACAUACACAUGGUCCUGGAACGUCUGCCAGGAGCUGCUUACCGCUAAGGACUUGCGGCUGCAUGACAGCUACAUGAACAAAAACUCCUCCAGCAAUUCUGGGUUGUCUUCCCCAUCAGACCUCAGCGAGUAUGACCUGGAGACAGGACGGAAAAGGAAACGGAAAGGUUUCAGAGGGUUUCGGCAAUGAAAUGUCUACAUUUUCUAAACAACGCUUAGAAAACUGCUUUCCAAACUUAUCAAAAUUAUGGUUUCUUGCUUUUAUCGACUACAUUCUUAGCA